CAGCGCGGGAGCGGCACGUAGGGAAGAGCCCUGUCCCCGGAACGACUAGAACGAACCAUUCCAAUGCGAAGGGGUGGGCGAAGAUCUCAUGUUAAAAGAGCAGGGGAAAGGCGCUCACGGUGCUGGCGCCGCGGACCGGAGCUGAGUCGGGUCAAUUCAAGUCAUGCAGGUUGUAAGAAACGCGGGGUCUCGCCUCCUGUGGUCAUGGGCUUGGCCACCGACGAGCAGGGUCGUGGCCCGGGCGCCGGCUCCCUCCAUCCAUACGGGUGUCCACCAGCUGCAAGACGCCGCGGCCAGGAAGGAAGCUGAAGAGAAGACCGCAGCUCCAGCUCCCGCUCUGAGCCGCAGCAGCUUCAGCAUUUAUCCUCCGAUUCCAGGACAGGAGAACUCUCUGAGGUGGGCAGGAAAGAAAUUUGAAGAGAUCCCAAUCGCACACAUUAAAGCAUCCUACAACAACACACAGAUCCAGGUAGUCUCCGCCACAAACCAGCCCCUUGCCCGCACUUCCUGUGGCACAGAGGGGUUUCGGAAUGCCAAGAAGGGCACGGGCAUUGCAGCACAAACAGCAGGCAUAGCUGCUGCGGCGAAAGCUGCAGGGAAGGGCGUGACCCACAUCCGAGUGGUGGUGAAAGGCCUGGGGCCAGGGCGCUUGUCUGCCAUCAAGGGACUGACGAUGGGCGGCCUGGCAGUGAUCUCCAUCACAGACAACACCCCCAUCCCCCACAACGGCUGCCGCCCCAGGAAGGCUCGGAGGCUGUGACGGGAAGGCGGCCUGCGCCUGCGCCUGCCUCAGUGCCACCUCCAGCUGGACCUUGUAGAAAGCACACUGUGGGAGCUGUCUCAGAGGCGGGCCUGUUGGACGUCCUUCAGACAGUAAGGGAGAGCCUUGCCACCUCCCGUAGUGGCCGUUUUUGUACUUUUCCCCGGAGAUCGGCACGCCCACAUGUGAGGCCAUGCUUCUCUCCGACACAAGGAGAGCCACAGGGGCAGCUGUGGCCCAGGCUCCAACCAGUAAAUGCUGCCCUACUCUAAAAAAAUAAAAGAGUGUCUCUACCAUC